AUGGCUGUUGCCGGGGAACUGCCCGCCAACCUGGACCGCAGCCAUGAGCUCUUUUACGUCCAGCUCGUGUUCCUUCUGGUGGCCGGCAUCAGCGUCUUGAUCCGAAUCUACGUCAAGACGUUCCUCGUCAGGCACAAUGCCCUCGAUGACUACCUCAUUUAUGCAGCUUUCGCCGGCUACGUGGCCUACGCGACCAUCGCCAUGGAUGGCGCCAUCAACGGCGCCACAGGCAAGCACUACGCGCUCCGAUACACGAUGGACCAGGCGGCCCGCUCGCUGCGCGGCUGGUAUCUCUGCAUGGUGCUGUACGCGCCCAUCACGCUGACGAUCCGCGCCUCGGUCUGCGUGCUGCUGCUGCGCCUCGCGACGUCGCGCGCGCACCGCUGGAUCAUCUGGGCCAACCUGGCCGUCAUCGCCGCCAUCUCGGCCGCCUUCUUCUUCAUCCUCGCAUUCCAGUGCAGCCCGCCCUCGCACUUCUGGACCCAGGUCUACGGCACCGACGGCCACUGCUACAGCAAGCUCAUCGUCACCUACGCCACCACCGUCCACAGCUGCGUCAGCUGCCUGUCCGACUGGUGCCUCGGCCUGCUGCCCGUCGCCCUGCUGUGGAACGUCAAGAUCAACCGCCGGACAAAGGCGACCAUAGCCGUGCUCCUCAGUCUCGGCAUGAUCGACGUCGCCAUCUGGUCCGUAAUGGAGCCCGCCCUCGGCAUAACCGCCGCCUGCGUCGCCACCUUCCGCCCCCUCUUCAAGAACUGGGGCUUCGGCUGGUCCUCCUACGGCAACAACAACAACUACAACCACCGCCGAAAGAGCGGCUACCCCUCGGCCUCAGGGGGCCGCCUGCAGCUCCCGAGCUCGAACCCGUCGCGUCGCGACCCCUAUGGGCGGCACGAGAGCCUCGUCCUCAGCCGGCGGUCGACCGCUGCAGCUGCAGCAGAAGCGACAGCUGGAGGCCGAGACGGGGACGGGGACGUGGGGAGGUUGGAGUCGCAGCGGGAACUCACCAUCAGCAAGACGGUGCGUAUAGAGGUCGAGACUGUGCCGCGCAUUUCGUACGACGACGACGACGCGUCAGACGUCAAAAGGACGUUUUACAGGAGGUCUUCGGAUGGCGAGGACGGCGUGUCGAUGGGGCGGGUUAGCCUGCAGGGGUCGCCGAGACGGGACGGGUGGGGGGUGAGCGUGCCGGAAAGUGCCUAUACGGCCACGGCGUCGCGAUCUCGGCCGUGA